AUGGCGUUCUCACUCCCACCGCUGGGGAGGGACGGCUGCCGAGCAGGAGGAAAUGAGUCUCAGCAGGCACACAUCUAUUGCAGUCAGAUGCCACCGCAGCCUCCUGGCAGCCAGUCGGAAUCCAGCUCCCACCCUGCCUUAAGCCAGUCACCAAUGCCGCAGGACCGAGGUUUUAUGGCAGGCAUACAGAGGAACCCCCAAAUGUCACAGUAUGGGCCUCAGCAAACUGGACCUUCCAUGUCACCACACCCCUCACCUGGAGGCCAAGUGCAUCCUGGAAUUGGUAGCUUUCAGCAGAGUAAUUCAAGUGGUACUUAUGGGCCUCAGAUGAGCCAGUAUGGACCACAAGGAAACUACUCCAGACCACCAACGUACAGCGGCGUGCCCAACACAAGUUACAGUGGCCCAGGACCUGGCAUGGGUAUAAAUGCCAACAGUCAGAUGCACGGACAGGGGCCAAGCCAGCCUUGCGGUACCAUGCCCCUGGGACGGAUGCCGUCAGCUGGGAUGCAGAGCCGACCAUUUCCUGGGAACAUGAGCAGUAUGACCCCCAAUUCUCCUGGCAUGUCUCAGCAGGGAGGCCCUGGGAUGGGCCCACCCAUGCCGACCGUGAACCGUAAGGCACAGGAGGCGGCCGCUGCAGUGAUGCAGGCUGCUGCAAACUCCGCUCAGAGCAGGCAAGGCAAUUUUCCUGCCAUGAAUCAGAGCGGUAUUAUGGGCUCCAGCUCCCCAUACACUCAGCCGAUGAACAACAGCUCCGGCUUGAUGAACCCGCAGGCUCCUCCUUACAGCAUGGCACCCAACAUGGUGAACAGUUCAACAGCACCUAUGGGUCUUGCAGAUAUGAUGACACCUGGUGAGUCCAAACUACCCCUUCCUCUCAAAGCAGAUGGCAAAGAAGAAGGACCCCCCCAACCCGAGAGCAAGUCAAAGGAUAGCUACAGCUCUCAGGGUAUUUCUCAGCCCCCAACCCCAGGCAACCUGCCAGUCCCUUCCCCAAUGUCCCCAAGCUCUGCUAGCAUCUCCUCAUUUCAUGGAGAUGAAAGUGAUAGCAUUAGCAGCCCAGGCUGGCCAAAGACUCCAUCAAGCCCUAAGUCAAGUUCCUCUACCACAACUGGAGAGAAGAUCACAAAAGUCUAUGAACUAGGAAAUGAGCCGGAGCGCAAGAUGUGGGUAGAUCGGUACCUCACGUUCAUGGAGGAGAGGGGCACGCCCGUGGCCAGUCUGCCAGCUGUGGGCAAGAAGCCCCUGGACCUGUUCAGGCUCUAUGUCUGCGUCAAAGAGAUUGGAGGUUUGGCACAGGUUAAUAAAAACAAGAAGUGGCGUGAGCUGGCAACCACCUUGAACGUUGGCACUUCGAGCAGCGCAGCCAGCUCCCUGAAAAAACAAUACAUUCAGUACCUCUUUGCCUUCGAGUGCAAGAUUGAGCGAGGGGAGGAGCCCCCUCCGGAAGUCUUCAGCACUGGAGAUACUAAGAAACAACCUAAGAUUCAGCCGCCAUCUCCUGGUAAUUCUAGUUCCUUUGCAAGGCGAGCUUAG